AUAUUAGAUAUCGUUUGAAUUAAUUCUCUCAAAUUAUCUACAGAGGUGUACAAGGAUAUAUCUUCUUUAAAAAGUUUGCCAACAUGAAAGUUCUAGGAAUAAUACUAGUGGCAAUUCCCUUGUCAUGUCUAGCUGCAAUUAUCAAAGUACCAGAAAACUAUGUCGGCAAAAUAGACGAUGAUUUUACAUUGGAGUGUAAAAGUAAUGGGGAACAACGUGAUAUGAGAUGGUUUAAUAAUAAAGUAAAAAUGAUAAAUACUCCAAAUGGAGUAAAGGAUGAAUUUAAGAACAAAUAUGAAAUUGUAAAAGAAGGAGGCAGGUUUGACCUUAUCGUUAAAAAUCCAACUAUUGAAGAUGGUGGCAUUUAUCGUUGUAUGGAUGACAGCGAAGAUAAAGAAGCCGACGCGAUUCUUGUCACUGAACCGUCUUAUUCUUCAAAACCUGAGCGUAUAAUAGAAAAGCAGAACGUUACUCAUACGUGCGAAAGUCUUAUUGGAAGUCCUGAAGAUAUAUCCAAGUACAAUAUUAAGAUGGAACUUCAAUUAGGUGGAAAGGUUGUUCAUACAGAAACUAAUAUUGAAAAACUUAGCAGAGUAACUAACAAUCAACAUAGACUCAAAUUGGUCUAUAGCAGGAAUGCUCUCUUCAACGAUAAAGAUGUCAAAUGCAUUUUAUCCGCAUACAACCCAGACUUUAAAAUUUCUACAAAUGCUACUGUCGAUAUAAAAUAUGGACCAAGAGAUAUGAAAAUUGAACCAUUUUCUCCAAAUUCUGACCUAUACAUUGGUGACGUAUUAAAUUGUACCGUUGAUGCUAAUCCAGAUGCAGAUAUCAAAUGGAAAUCUUGGAUUCCUAGUAAACCAAAUGUUGCUGGCAGAGAUCUUGUCUUAACAAGACAACAUGUUGGUUCUAACACAUACGAAUGCAUAGCGGAAAAUCAACCAAGUAACGUAGUCGAAUCGAUUAAGAAAAGAAUUGAAUUCACAGUUUUGGAUCGAACCAGACCAGUUCAAGCUUCAAGUUCAAAAAUUGCAACUAAUUUGUUUCUGUUGUCAUCCAGUUUAUAUUUCGCUAAAAAUUUAUUAUUUUAGUUUAGACAUGCUAUUUAAAUAUUUCUAAAUUUAAUUAGAAGAAAAUAGUGUUUUCAGUACUUCAUGUAUACUGUAUACAGGACAUAUAUAAUUUACACACACAUAUAUAUAUAUAAUACUAUUUUCUAUUUUGUAAAGUAAUGUCUUGUACAAUUCACCUUCUAUUAUUUAAAUCCUUUUUCUAAUUAAUAAAUUUCCAAGUGAUUCAAACAUGUCUCUUAUCAUCGUUAGAAUAUUUUACUUCCUAUUUGUUUAAACUAUUAGUUAUAAAAGACCCCAUCAACGGUUAUAAAUAGAAAAUGGAAAUUACGCGCUCUGUCUAUCUAGGUGGGGUUUUGAGUCAUAUUUAUAACCAUACUCCCUAGCGCGACACUCAUAACUAGGAAAGCCAGCAACAUGAGCUAUAAUUUUGAUAAAAAACCUUCCUAUCCUCCUUCUGAUAGUCAGGCUCCUCCACCAUAUAAUCCUUCCGCUCCAAAUUAUAAUCAACAGUUUCCUCAACAGCAGCCAUAUCCUCUGCCUCAACAGCAGCCAAAUCAACAGCAGCCAUAUCCUCAGCCUCAACAGCAGCCAAAUCAACAGCAGCCAUAUCCUCUGCUUCAACAGCAGCCAAAUCAACAGCAGC